ACCAUAGAUGGCGGCUGACUAAGCUAGACCGCAAGAGACCUCGAGAAAUAUCGGUGAUUAUUUCUUUUUCAAAUAUCAAAAGACCAUGGAUAGUGCAAGCGAAUCUGGAAGCAGUGAUCUAGACGGUGAUUUUCAAAAUGCAAAGGCUUUCUUGCUGAAAACAAGUUUACAUUCGAAUCUAAAUGUCUACGAUCAUCUUGCAACUGUGAUUAGAAAGGUCUUGGAAGAGAAACCAGAAAAUGUAUCAGACUUGAUAGAAGAUCUUGUCAGAGAUGAAAAGAGAGCAAAAUUUUGUCCCAAUUUUGACACUAUUCAGAAUAAAGAAGAUGAAUCUACAGAGGUUUUACUUGCAAGGUCUCAGGUGGCAUUAUUUGAAAGAAAACCCACUGAGCAAGAACUGGAGCCUUUGAUGCGAGAUCCAGAUAUGGAAGAGGAGCAGGAGGAGGCCCCGUUACCAGAUCUGAUGGAACUUGCCAACUACUUUGAACAAGCUGGUAUUGGCAUUGGCAGAGAAGAAAUAUUUAGAAUAUUUUUGUCUCUGAAGAUUUUAAUUGACACAUACCCAAUUAGGACAUGCAGAUUUUGGGGUAAAAUAUUUGGCAUCCAUGCUAAUUACUUAAUCGCUGAAGUGGAGUUCUUUGAAGGAGAAGACCCUGAGGAGCCACUUGAUGAUGAACAACAUCUAGAACAACAAGAGAAUGAAACAAAAACAGACAUCAUUAAAGAAGGAGAUUUUGAUGUAGAGGAAGAUGAUGCUCCACAGGCAGACUUCAAACCACCUCCAGUAAUCCCCAAAGAAGAAAACAGAACAGGCUGUAACAAGAAAACAUACUUUGUAUCCAAUGAACCUGGUGGUCAAUGGGUCAGGCUACCCCCUGUCACACCAGCACAGAUUGUUGUCUCAAGACAAGUCAGAAAAUUCUUCACAGGAAAUCUUCAGGCACCUGUUGUGAGCUAUCCACCAUUCCCCGGAAAUGAAGCCAACUACUUGAGAGCUCAAAUUGCCAGAAUAUCUGCUACAACACACAUCAGUCCUUUGGGUUACUACAUGUUUGAAGAAGAAGAGGAGGAGGAUGAUGAUAUAGGAGCUCGAGAUUCUUUUGUGGUGAAUCAUGAGUUUGAAGGACUCUCAAUUAAUGACAUGGCUGAUCCAUCAUGCGCAAACUGGGUUCAUCAUGUCCAGUACGUUCUUCCACAGGGUCGUUGUACUUGGUUUAAUCCUUCACAGAAGAGAGAAGAAGAAGAACUUGAGGAAGAAGAGGAAGAUGAAGAGAGGGAAGAACCAGAUGAACCUGAGCCAGAGCAAGGUCCUCCCCUGCUGACACCUCUCUCAGAGGACGUAGAGGUUGAUGGCAUGCCACCUUGGACAGCACAGAAGUCUUCUACCUUAAUUCCACAGUACUCUUUAGCAGUAAUGCACUCCAACCUCUGGCCAGGAGCACAUGCAUUUGCUCUUGAGAGAAAAUUUGAGAACCUCUAUGUUGGUUGGGGCCAGAAAUUCAGUGCAGAAAACUACAGCCCACCACCCCCUCCAGCACCUCAAGAGGAAUUCCCCAGUGGACCAGAAAUCACUGAGGCUGAAGACCCAUCUGUGGAGGAAGAGAAGGCCCUGAAGGCUGCUCAACAGGAAGCAAUGGAGGCUGCUGAGAUGGAGGAUGAGGAAGAUGAUGAUGACGAAGAUGACUAGUUUCUGUUUUGGUGUUCAAUUAAUUUCAGUGAAAUUGUGAAUCACAUUGUUUGCUUUUUUGAAUGUAUAUAACAACCAACAUUUAAAAUUAUGAUGUAAACAAACUUGAAAAGAAUUAGUAUCUUGUGUCAACAUACACAUUCUUAUUUUGUUGCUUCCUUUAUAAGCAAGUUAUGUCUCUUACGUAGGUCCAGAAAACAGAAAAACAUGUACAUAUUAUUGAAAAGUUUUGCUUUUCCAAACUGUUACUGCUGUUGAGUUUAUUGUGUCAUACAUCAUAAAGCUUUCUUAUUAAAAUGUGAAUUGAGUCAUAACAAAAGCGGAUUGAACUGUUUCACGAACCAUUUUAAUUACUCAUAAACAAACUACAAGGCUGUUAGUAAAACUUAAUGACAAGUGUUUUAAAGAGGUGAUCUAAUGCAUUGUACAUUUCACUUGUAAAAUACACAACUUUAACAAACGUCCAUAUAGAAAAAAAGUUAUGUAUUUAAUAACUGGUGAUUACCACUGCA